AUGUAUGAACCCGCUGGUUCUCUCCAUCUUCCCUACAUCAAACAACAACCUCUCCCGCGACGAUACGAGUCCGAAGAGGAGGACAUCUCGGAGCCCGAGUUGAGUGGCCAAGAAAACGCCCUUUCGCCUGUGGAAACCUGCCAGGAGCACGGCACAUUCGACUCCGACGCCAGUGCGGACGAGCUGUCGAAUGCUGAUCCCUCCGAGUCUGUUAUGGAGAAGGCUGCAUUACCCUGUCUCCUGUCACCAUUGCCAUCAUCCCGACCUGUCUCGAUGGACACCGUCAAGCGAAGCAGUAGCACCACCUAUGUGGCAGACUCGUACAUCUUUGAUCGUGAUGAGAGCGUGAUCAUUGAGCUGCCAUCACCGGAUUCAACCUCGCCAUUGCACUCCCCCUCCUUCCUCCAACCCAACGUCUACAUGCCGCCCGACUCCCCUGCGCCGUCGUCGACGAGGCGAUCUUCUGCAUCGUCCAUCUACUCGGACGACGGCACUGACCUGCUCGUAGCAGAACGGGUCACAUAUGUCGGACCAAUGACUAAACCUAAUAUAGUCCUAAUUAGCCCAGUCACGGAGCAUUCGUCUCCUGUAUCGGAAAAGUCCAUGCCGGCUUCCACUGCCCAUCGGGCCACUAGCAAGUCGUCGCGGGACCAGCUAGGCUUUUACAACCUAAAACCCGCCGCAUCAUCACAACCGUUCCUGGGAAGCGCUGUCUGUGACAAUGCACGGUCGAGGAAGAGUGGUCUACGCCUGAACACGACGGAUCUGGGUGGCCCCUCGACCGAGUCGAACCGGCAGUUCACGGGGAUGCCCGAGUCCGCUCCUCCCAAGUCGCACUGCACUCACUCGAUGUCAUCCUCACGGCCGAAGACCGCCGUUUCCGAGAAGGCGUCUUUGAACCCUUUCACACGGUCUCGCGCUCCCACGGAUUCUCUUCGACGCCCACCGUCGAUCCAGAGUAUUCGCAGCGCCCACGUACCAUUUUUCCAUGGACGAAAUAACUCGAUGUAUCCCGGCGACGACUCUUACGGCCUGCCCAUUUCCUGUUCUCCUUCCGCGGCCAGUUCUGAUUUCUCAGUCUCGCCCCUGAACAGCCGGCCUCCUUCUCGCACUCCCAGCCCCGCGUCGUACUACAACUCUCCGACCUUCGCUCGACACCGGUCCAACUCCGUGUACAGCGUGUCCAGCGUGCCCGGCAACAAAAGCAAUCAUACGCCAUUGCCCAUUCGGAAUUCUCUGAUGAAAAGCUCGACAGCCUCGAGUGUCUAUUCCUCCAGCAGUCUUCGCUCCGAAGUCGACAGCGUGCACAGCUUGGAUCCGAAUGACCUGGAAGAGACGGACGAAAAGUUGAACAGACUCCGACGGAAGAAAAGUCUACGGCGGUUCAAGGAGCCAAAGACCGACCCCGAACAGACCACGAAAAGUUUCAUGGGGUUCAUGUUGAGGAGCAAGAGAAAGUCUAUCUCUGUUAAACAGCCUAAUGCCUAA